UUUUCAUUCUUUUCCUAUCCAUUUCGCGAGACGACCAAGUAUGAAGAUCAUAAUCGUUCUCGCCGUCCUUGGGAUGGCCUCGGCUAGCCUCCAUUCCGAUUACCUAAGGAAGGUCAGGUCAUUGACGAGUUCAUUUGAGAAUGCGAUGGAUAAGAAGAUACGGGCUGUGGCACAGGGGAAUACCGAGGUGGAGGAGGCACUAUCAGGGUUGAAGAAGAGAUAUGUUGAGGCAUUCAAUGAGGCUCUCGUGGGCAACCACAGACUCGUUAGACAGGCACUCACCAGCAACAGAUAUGUCUCCCAAGAAACCGUUAAGAGGUCCUACAACGACAUGGAAUCGAGGGUGCACUUCCAGGCAACCCGAGGCAUGAGCGAUAUCUGGGGCAACAUCAAAGAUAAGUUCAAUGACUUCACUGAUUGGGCCAGCGCAGUUCUCGGCGACAUCUGGUCGCAGAUUGAACCAAGUCUGAUCGAGGUCAGAGAUUUGGCUCAACAGCUUAUAAAAGACGGCGCCAGACAACUGUCGGAGAAGGCGAAACUUGAAGCCAUUGCAUUCUUCAAGCGUAAUUCUGACAAGCUGACAGAAUAUUUGAAAGAAAAACUAACUGCGGCACUGAGCGGAGAGAAGCAAGCCACAGACAUCACGCUCCAGGAGAGAGACAUUAAAGAAAUCUGGGGCAAUAUCAAAGACAACUUCAAUGACUUCGGCGACUGGACUAAGCAGUUCUUUGGCGAUAUCUGGGCUGAUCUCAAACCUAACUUGAUUGAAGUCAGAGACAUGGCCGUACAGCUGAUCAAGGACAAGGGUAAAUAUCUGAGCGACGUUGCCAAGGAACAGGCGUUGAAAUUCUUCCAAGCAAAUGCUGACAAGCUUACCAAGGAUUUGGAGGAAAAGAUCACUGGUGUUCUCGGCACAGGAGAGACUCAACUCGAGAGAAGAGACAUCUGGGGAAGUAUCAAGGACAAAUUCAAUGACUUCGGCGACUGGGCCAAACAGUUCUUCAUUGACAUCUGGGAGGAGGUUGAACCAAGCCUGAUCGAGGUUAGGGACAUGGCCAUGACGCUGAUUAAGGACGGCGCCAGACAGCUAACCACUCACGCCAAGGACCAGGCCUUGAAAUUCUUCCAGAAGAAUGCUGACAAGCUGACCAAGGACUUGGAGGAUAAGAUUACUGACGCACUCGGCACGGGCGAAAAGGAGGUCGAUCUACAGGAAAGAGGUUUUAAGGAAAUUUGGGGUAACAUCAAGGACACAUUUAAUGAUUUUGGUGAUUAUGUCAAACAGUUCUUCGGUGAUAUCUGGGCUGAUGUACAACCUAACUUGAUUGAGGUCAGGGACAUGGCCACGCAGCUGAUCAAGGACAAGGGUAGAUAUCUGACCACGCACGCCAAGGAACAAGCCUUGAAGUUCUUCCAAACAAAUGCUGACAAGCUGACCGAGGAUUUGGAGGAGAAGAUCACUAAGGUCCUCGGCGGCGAGGAACAAGGGGCAUAAUUUGUCCAAUAGUUGUAUAAAUGAAUUGAUCAUAAUGUGCCAAUACUUAUGGAAAUAAAUUGCUCAAACUCA